AUGUAUCAUUAUAUUGAGGAUUUAGUUCUUGAAGAUGGGCAUCCUUCAUAUUUACAACUGUAUUUCUUCGAUACGGAGCACGAGUUAGAAAAUCGUAUUCAUGAUGCAGAAAGAUUAGAUCCUUCUAUCAUUGCUCGAUUAAUGGAUAUACUUGAGGUUAAUCCAUAUUGUCGCUUCUUUAGAACCCUCAGCAACAUUUCAAGUCUUGAAAAUCAUACAAUUCGUAUAAGAUUAGAUAUUGAUUUAGACCAACGUGUUUACAAUGCUCCGUCGGUAUCGCAAGUAGCAGCUAUAUGGACAGAAACUGACAACUGUACAGAACAAAAAGGUCGAGACAUUAUUGUUUUUAACGAAGCAGGAGGCAGUCAUAUUGUUCAGUAUUAUUUUGGAUGUUAUGAUCCAUUACAAUACCCAUUAUUGUUUCCUUUCGGUGACUCGGGUUGGCACCAGGGAAUCAAAAAAGUAGAAAGAGGAACGAUAUCGUUAAAUGCCCAGGCAUUAGAAUCACACUUUAUUGAACAUUCAAAUAGCGCGGAAGAAUUUCUUCGAAAAGAAGGCCAAGUUUUGAAGAAUAAGAAGAAAGUACCAACGGUUUCAUGUCGUGAAUAUUAUUGUUUCAAAUUACAAAUAAGAAAUAUGUACAUGUCGAUUUUGUUACUAUCUGGUCGUUUGCUGCAACAAUUUGUUGUCGAUAUGUACAUUAAAAUUGAAACGUCAAGACUAGAUUAUUUUUGCUCGAAACAACAUGAGAUUAGAUCAGAUGUGUAUCAAGGUAUUGUAGAUAGUCUUUCAGUUGGAGAAAUUUGCGCAUCCAAUAUUGGAAAACGGAUUAUUCUACCUUCAUCUUUUAUUGGAGGUCCAAGAGAUAUGCGGAAGAGAUAUAUGGAAGCAAUGACAUUAGUUCAACGUUUUGGCAAACCUGAUAUAUUUCUAACCAUGACAUGUAAUCCAAAUUGGGAAGAAAUCUUAGAACAACUAAAUCCACAUGAAGAAGUUCAGAACCGCCCUGAUUUAAUUGCAAGAAUCUUUAGAGCAAAAUUAGAAGAAUUGAAGAUUGAUCUGUUUAAGCGAGAAAUUUUUGGUAAGGUUGCAGCAUAUGUUUAUACCAUCGAAUAUAAAAAAAGAGGUCUACCACAUGUUCAUUUCUUAAUUAUACUUCAGAAAGACUGGAGAAUUUAUGCACCUGAAACUUUUGACGAAAUUGUUUCAGCAGAAAUACCUAACAAAACGAGAAAUUUACAUUUAUAUAAAGUCGUCCUUAGACACAUGAUGCAUGGUCCUUGCGGAAUAUUAAAUCCAGCCAAUAUAUGUAUGGACAAAGACGGCAUCUGUAAGAAUCGAUACCCCAAAGAAUUUACAGCUAAUACAACUGUUGAAACUGAUUGUUUCCCUUCAUACAAACGUUCUAACAAUGGAGUCAUUGCUAGAAUUAGAGGAAAAGAUUUAGACAAUCGGUGGGUUGUUCCAUACAAUCCGUAUCUUGUUUCCAAAUAUAAUUGUCAUAUUAACGUUGAGAUUUGUUGUACAGUUAAAGCUGUUAAAUAUCUAUACAAGUAUAUUUAUAAAGGACAUGAUCGUGUUGCUUUCAAUAUCAUUAGCAAAGAAAAUAACCAACAAAUUGACGAAAUCGAACAAUUUCAAUCGGGAAGAUGGAUUACUCCACCUGAAGCAAUGUGA